UGCAGGCGCUGGGGGACUCAGGGUGUGGGUGCUGUGUCUCACCCCAGUGCUGCUCCCCGUUAAAUCCGUCCAGGACAGCCCGAGGGGCUGUGGGGAGGGCUGGCACGGGAUGGGGUGUGCAGAGUGCCUGGCACCCUCCCAGCCAUCUGCGGCGUGUCGGGGACUGUCCCCAAAGCCCUUAGCCAGAGCCAGGGUGGGGAUGGGAGUAAGAGCCAGCAGUGACCUCUGGACCCGGGAGAUGGCUGUGCCUACCAGGGAAUGCCAGGGACACCAGCAGAGUGGCUUGUGCCAGGCACGGUGGCCCCGGCGGGUGCAGCUGGGUGUCAGGGACAGGGCAGGGUGCCCUCAGGACGCUAUUUAUCCCGGCUUGCCCUUUGCCUCCGUUGUGGCUCCUGGUAGAUCCUGCCCCUAUCUCCCUUCGGAGACAAUGAUUAGAUCUUGGGAACAGGGCUUCCUAUUUCUGCCCCGUGUGUGACAGGGUGUGUCAUCCCCCCACCGUACCCUGGGUGGGGACCUCGCGUGUGCCCACGGGGGCUGGGUUCACAAUGGUGGAGUUUGACCCCCGUGCCUCCACGUUUGUGACCCUGGACUUUGAGAGGGCUGUGUGCAGGGGAAGCUCGUCCCGGCUGUCACCUGCCACUGCCAGACACCCGUGCACCCCACGCCCGCUGCUUUCCCUGGGUGGGGCAGCCACCCAGCUGUGCCCCUCGCAGGCAGGGGUGGCAUGGACCCUCUGGCAGCGGCUCAGUCACUCGAGGGUAAAUGGGGUGACACUGACUCUGCCUCUGGGCUUGGCUGAUGGGGACACACGCUGGGCCCUGCAGUGUGGUGGGGGACGUGGCUGCUGGCUGCGACCACCCGCUCUGUCCCUCCUUUUGCAGGGCCAGGCCAGCGCUGGGGAAGGACGCCGGGGUCCAGGCCCAGAGCCCGCACACGCUCCCCGAUGGUGCGAGCCCCCACGGCCAGCUCUGCCCCUGCAGCAGCGGCGCUGGGCGUUGGUGCUGCUGCCAGCCUGGGGGGCGGGCGGGUGGAAAGCUCAUCCCAGGAUCUGUCGCCACCCUGAGCCCUAUGGCCAUUUAAUCCUUCACCCAUUAACUUGGACUAAUAAACCUCGUGGGAGUGAGAGGCUAAAAGCCGUGCUUGCACCGGCACCGUGUCUGCCAGUGCCACUCCUGCUGCCCGCCAUGGCAGCCGGCUUCUUCAUCAGCAAGACCGUGGCCAUCGUGGCCAUCGUGCUGGGCGUGGGGGCUGUGGCCACCAUCAUUGCACUCUCGGUGGUGUAUGCCCAGGAAAAGAACAAGACGACAUCAGAUGUGGGCACCACGGCUGGCCCAGGCACCACCACCACCGCCUCCACCCCUGCCCCCAACAAUCCCUGGAACAGAUGGAGGUUACCAGCCACGCUGAAGCCGGAGAGCUACGAGGUGACCCUGCAGCCCUUCCUGACACCCGAUGCCAACAACAUGUACAUCUUCAAGGGCAACAGCAGCGUGGUGUUCGUGUGCGAGCAAGCCACCGACCUCAUCCUCAUCCACAGCAACAAGCUGAACUACAGCAUGCAGGGCUCCUUCCAUGCCACGCUGCAGGCUGAGGGUGGUGGCAGCGCCCCUGCCAUCUCCCGCACCUGGCUGGAGACUUCCACCCAGUACCUGGUGGUGCAGCUGAGCGCUCCCCUGCAGCAGGGCCAGCGGUACCGCCUGUUCAGCAGCUUCACCGGGGAGCUGGCCGAUGACCUGGCUGGCUUCUAUCGCAGUGAAUACACGGAGUCCGGCAUCCAGCACGUGGUGGCCACCACGCAGAUGCAGGCGGCUGACGCACGCAAAGCCUUCCCCUGCUUUGACGAGCCGGCCAUGAAAGCCACCUUCAAGGUGACCAUGAUCCAUCCCUCCGAAUAUAAGGCCAUUUCCAACAUGCCUGCCAAUGCAACCAGGCAGGUGGAUAUUGAUGGACAGAGCUGGAAUGUCACUGAGUUUGACACCACCCCCCGGAUGUCCACGUACCUUCUGGCCUUCAUUGUCAGCAACUUCUCCUAUGUGGAGGAUAACUCCUCGAAUAAACAGAUCCGCAUCUGGGGCCGUCCCAAAGCCAUCGAUGACGAGGGCCAGGGCGAGUACGCACUCAGUGUCACUGGUCGCAUCCUUACCUUCUUUGAGGGCCAUUACAACACGACGUACCCGCUCCCCAAGUCUGACCAGGUUGGCCUCCCUGAUUUCAACGCGGGCGCGAUGGAGAACUGGGGGCUGGUGACCUACCGGGAGAACUCCCUGCUCUUCCAUCCCGAGUACUCCUCCAUUGCAAACAAGGAGCGGGUGGUGACCGUCAUCGCCCACGAGCUGGCACACCAGUGGUUUGGGAACUUGGUGACGCUGCGCUGGUGGAACGACCUGUGGCUGAACGAGGGCUUCGCCUCGUACGUGGAGUACCUGGGUGCUGACUCUGCUGAGCAGAGCUGGAACAUUAAAGACCUGAUGGUGCUGAAUGAGGUGCACGAUGUGAUGGCAACAGACGCCCUGGCCAGCUCCCACCCGCUCUCCUUCCGUGAGGAGGAGAUCAACACCCCAGCGCAGAUCAGUGAAGUCUUUGACAGCAUCGCCUACAGCAAGGGAGCGUCGGUGCUGCGGAUGCUCUCGACCUUCCUCACCGAGGAGAUCUUCAAGCAGGGGCUACAGUCCUACCUCCACACCUUCUCCUACAACAACACCGUCUACACUGACCUCUGGGUCCACCUGCAAGAGGCGGUGCAGAAAAACAACGUUCAACUGCCUGGCACUAUCAGCAGCAUCAUGGAUCGCUGGACGCUGCAGAUGGGCUUCCCUGUGGUCACUGUUAACACCGCCGACGGCACCAUCAGCCAGAAGCACUUUCUGCUGGACCCCAACUCUACUGUGGACAGACCCUCUGACUUCAACUACACCUGGAUCGUCCCCAUCACCUGGAUGACAGGCAAUAACCAAGGGAAUGAAACCUACUGGCUGACCAAAGUCUCAGACACCAACAGCAACUUCACGCUCAGCACCACCUGGCUCCUGCUGAACAUCAAUGUCACUGGGUACUUCCGUGUCAACUACAACCAGGAGAACUGGGAUCGGCUCCUCAGCCAGCUUAACGCUGGCCAUACGGUCAUCCCUGUGAUCAACCGUGCCCAGAUCAUCGACGACGCCUUUAACCUGGCCAGGGCCAAGUACGUCGAUGUGACCUUGGCUCUGAACACGACGCUGUUCCUGAGCCAAGAGACGGAAUACAUGCCCUGGCAGGCAGCGCUCACGAACCUGAAGUACUUCCAGCGGAUGUUUGACCGCAGCGAGGUGUUUGGGGACAUGUCGAAAUACAUCAAGAAACAGGUGACCCCACUCUUCAGGCACUACCAGAACAUCACUGGUAACUGGCAAAAUACCUCCAGUGGUGACCUGAUGACGCAGUACGUCGAGGCAAAUGCUGUCAGCACCGCCUGCUCCUACGGUGUCUCCGAAUGCCAGAACUUGGCCAUGAAUUACUUCAAUGAGUGGAAUACGACCAACAACAACCCAGUCCCCCCGAUCCUGCGCUCAGCCAUCUACUGCAGCAUGGUGGCCACGGGUGGGGAGGAAGUCUGGGAUUUCCUCUGGCAGAAGUUCCAGGAGGCCCCUGUGGUGUCCGAGGCUGACAAGCUCCGCUCAGCCCUCGCCUGCAGCCGCGAGCCCUGGAUCCUCAACCGGUACCUGCAGUACACCCUCGACCCUACAAAGAUCCGCAGGCAGGAUGCCACCUCCACGAUCAACAGCGUUGCCAGCAACGUUGUGGGGCAGCCGCUGGUCUGGGACUUCAUCCGUGGCAACUGGAGGACGCUUUUCAGCCAGUAUGGAGGCGGCUCCUUCUCCUUCUCCAACCUGAUCUCAGGUGUGACCCAGCGCUUUUCCUCAGAGUUUGAGCUGCAACAGCUGGAGCAGUUCAAGAAAGACAACGAGGACAUCGGGUUUGGGUCUGGGACGCGGGCGCUGGAGCAGGCGCUGGAGCGGACCCGUGCUAACAUCAACUGGGUGAAGGAGAACCAGGCGGCCGUGAUGCAAUGGUUUAAGGAGCACAGCUCAUAACAGGAGCCUGCACUUCCCCGGCCACAGGACGGAGCCUGGCCUCUCCCGGCCCCCCUCACUCCGUCCCCGCAGCCCCCAGGCCCCUGCAGGCCCCAGUCCCGCACUGGCGCCUGGACCGUGGCCACUGGGAGCACGGGGGGCUUGGGAGGGGCGAGCUCGGCCUGCUGC